AAGCGAAUUCUGAACGGCGGUGCAGUGAAACGUCCACAAGCUGGCAUGGCCGCGGCGACGGAGCCUCCGAAUCCCAACGGAGCCCUAACCAACACUCGCUUCUCCGACCUCCACCCGCCUCUCUGUCCUCCAGUUCUCGACGCUCUUGCUCGGUUCGGUUUCGAGUUCUGCACCCCCGUUCAGGCCGCCACCAUCCCUUUGCUCUGCAGCUUCAAGGAUGUCGCAGUCGACGCCGCCACCGGUUCCGGCAAAACUCUAGCCUUCGUCGUUCCCCUCGUCGAGGUCCUCCGCCGCACCUCCCCGGCGCCGAAGCCUCAUCAGGUGUUGGGGAUUAUAAUAUCCCCUACGAGGGAGUUGUCGUCACAAAUAUACCAUGUUGCUCAACCUUUCAUUUCAACAUUGCCAAAUGUUAAGUCCAUGCUCCUUGUCGGAGGAGCAGAAGUAAAAGCAGACAUGAAGAAAAUAGAGGAGGAAGGUGCAAAUUUGUUGAUUGGCACACCUGGACGGCUUUAUGACAUCAUGGAACGUAUGGAUAUUAUGGAUUUUAGAAACCUUGAGAUUUUGAUUUUAGAUGAGGCUGAUAGGCUAUUGGAUAUGGGAUUCCAGAAGCAGAUAAAUUCCAUUAUAUCUCACUUGCCAAAGCUUCGAAGAACUGGUCUUUUUUCCGCCACUCAGACUGAGGCAGUUGAUGAGCUAUCCAAGGCAGGAUUGCGAAAUCCUGUGAGGGUUGAAGUUCGAGCAGAAACAAAGUCACUCGAUGAAUUAUCAUCAUCUCAACAGUUACCCUCGUCCAGAACACCUUAUGGUCUUCACCUUGAGUAUCUUCAAUGUGAAGCAGAUAGGAAACCAUCACAGCUUGUUGAUCUCCUCAUAAAGAACAAGUCUAAGAAAAUUAUAAUCUAUUUCAUGACUUGUGCCUGUGUUGAUUAUUGGGGAAUUGUCCUUCCACGGCUUCCUGCUCUGAAGGGUUUCUCUUUAUUACCUCUUCAUGGAAAGAUGAAGCAGACAGCAAGGGACAAAGCGUUAGCUUCAUUUACUUCUCUUUCCAGUGGCAUUCUUCUAUGUACUGAUGUUGCAGCACGUGGACUUGACAUUCCUGGCGUUGAUUGCAUCAUACAGUAUGACCCUCCCCAGGACCCAAAUGUAUUCAUUCAUAGAGUUGGUCGGACCGCUCGGAUGGGACGGCAAGGGAGUGCCAUUGUCUUUCUAUUACCUAAGGAGGAAGCAUAUGUAGAAUUCCUGCGAAUUAGAAGGGUUCCACUCGAAGAAAGAAAAUGCUUUGAUGAAGCUCCUGAUAUCGUUCCUCUUAUACGAUCUGCUGGAAAGAAGGACCGUGAUGUCAUGGAAAAAGGACUCAGAGCAUUUGUCUCUUACAUCCGUGCUUAUAAAGAGCAUCACUGCUCUUAUAUUUUCAGGUGGAAGGAACUUGAAAUAGGGAAGUUAGGAAUGGGUCAUGGUCUGCUGCAGCUGCCUUCUAUGCCUGAGGUGAAACAUCACUCACUUUCUACUGAGGGCUUUGUACCAGUUGAAGAUGUCAAUUUGAAGGAAAUUAAGUACAAGGAUAAGUCUCGGGAGAAACAGAGAAAAAAGAACUUGGAAGCAAAGAAAGCCAUGAAACAAGAAGAUCGAAAACCACUGAAGCUCAAAGCAAUGGCAAACACUGCAGCUACUAUCACCAAGAAGAAGACGGCAAAGCAGAGACGUGCUGUCCAGUCUAUGGAAGAUGACGAUGAAAUGGCGCGGGAAUAUCGCUUGCUCAAAAAGUUAAAGAAGGGAGCAAUAGAUGAAAGUGAAUUUGCAAAAUUGACUGGAACCGAAGACCUGUUAUGAAUAAAUUGUUUUAUGUUGAGCUCAUGGAGUUCAGUUCACGGAUGGCUGAGAUAUAAGUGAGAAUGAAGUUCCAGGAUGCCAGAAAGAAGACAUGCUGUUGGAUUGGCUUUUUAGUGACCUUGUUGAUUCAUGGGGUUCAGGUUGAAGCAUUAAUUUUCUGGGAUAAAAAGUCACUCUGGCAGUGGCAUGGAUGGCAAGAGUUUUCCUCUGGUUAGAUUUCUUUCAGGAUAGAAGUAGAAGAUCAGAAAUAUGAAUAGAGCUGGUGCCAUGCCUUGUUGUAUUAAUCAGAAAGAUUCUCCUAUAGGAAAGUGCAGCCUAUGAUGCCAUUUGUCAGGAUAAGCAAUAGAAAAUUAUGUUUAUUGGUA